AUUUUAAUCAGAUGACAUGCACACUGACAUUUUUUUUUUUCCCAUCAGAAACAAAUUCAUGUGUGCGCGUUCAUUCAAGUGGAAAUGUAGGUACUACACUUAAGCAUCUAGAUCACGAUUUCAAGUACUAGUACAUAUUUUGUAAGUCAUGGAGUGACAGUGUGGAUUAUUCAUCACCAGUUGGCUAUGUAGUACAUCUUGAGCUGAGCAGCAGACCAUGCCGUUCAUUCAGCGGUGUUUGGAACCCAUCAACGUCAGUCGGGUGGAGGUAGAGAAGGGCAUUAAGAAUGAGUUAGAAUGCGUGACCAAUCACACCUUAAGUAACAUCAUCCUUCAGUUGAGCAGCCUCAGCAAGCAUGCGGAGGACAUGUUUACCGAGCUGUCGAUAGAGGUCAAGACGUUCACUGACCGGACUCAACAUCUCCAGGGUCGAAUCGACCAGCUCCAGGAGAAAGUUACGAGGCUGGAUGCAGCCGGAGAACUCGUGUCCAUUCACGAGUUACACCUGAGGAAGCCCUUCAAGAGCUCCACCCAACACGACCAGCAAGUGGUGUCUAGAUCUACAAUACCCAGAUGUAUACUGAAGGCCUACAGUCAUUGUGACCCCACCCCCGCUCUCACCAAACUCAACCCCUACAGGGAAGAUGGACGAGACAGUGUAAAGUUCUACACAGAUCCAGGCUACUUCUUUGAGUUAUGGUUCCAAGACAUCCAGAAAGAUAUCGAAACUAAGAAGACAGAAUUAAAAGCAAGGAAGAAAAAGAGGCCCCAAAAAGUUGGAGAACAGAGGAAAAAGCCACGAAAAGUGGAACCCAAAGCGCAGAAGUUUCAGGAUAUGAAACAUGGAGUGGAGUUCUCAGAUUACGCGGAUCCUGCUAAGCUUCGAGCUCAGAGCAACAGCCAACCGCGACCAGAAAGCUUGGAAGUGAAUCAAAGAAGACAAGAAAAUGCCCAUUACGACCAGAAGGCCACAAGGCCUGCUAAUGGGCCUCAGUCUCAGUAUUCUCAGGAUGUGUCGCGUCAUACAAACAAUGAGAAUAACAACCAUUUUGUGCAGACUGGUAACCACCAUCCUCCAAGCAUGCACCAAAACCAGUUUUCACCACACAACCGCGUGGCGGAUAAUAGAGGCUCUUCCAGCAGUAUCGGUAGUAAUAUCAUGCGGCCAAAUCAGCCACCACCAGCACCACCUCCUCACCUGGCUAAUUUACCACAUCACAGUCCCCAGAGGGACAGUCUACCACCGCCACCCCCACCGCCUCCUCUACCAGAGGACGAAGAUCCAAGGCGGUACCAACCUAGUCCUGAAAUUACCCGAGUGCCCACCACUCACCGACCGUCGCCUGCGAGACAAGAGGUGGACCUGCUACCCCCUCCUCCUCCCCCACCUCUGAGCCCUGAGCAAAAUCUACCCCCACCUCCGCCUCCACCCCCAGUGCAUUCAGGGAUGGCCCCGCCACCCCCUCCCCCUCCCCCACCCCCUAUGUCCAUGACAAAUGGAGUAGAUGAUAAUUCUUCAACUGGCUCUGGCCAAUCUAGCUCCAUUGGGUCAGCGAUUAUGUCUUCUCCAAAAUUGAAACCCACUCCCAAGCAGCCAGCUGUGGUGGACGAAAGAAGCAAUUUGCUGGCACAGAUUCGACUGGGAACUCACAAAGAAAAACUACGUAAAGUGGAGGAGAAAGAGAAAGAACGAUCAGACAAGUCAACACCAGGCGGCAAUUUUGACGUUCAUUCCAUCAUGAACAGAGCAUUUGAAAUGCGUCGUAAAGUGAUAGAAGAAAGUGAGGAGGAAGACGGCUCAUCAGACGAUGAAUGGGAUUGAUCAGCAUUAACUGAAGUCUUGUGGACAAAUACUGUGUAAACCAUAUAGCCAAACGCUUGGGAGAUCUCUCGUCGACUGUAUUUCUGUGACAGUCGACUUGAAGCAUGAUCACCAUUCAAAGAUGCCGCCCAAUGUCUGGCUUUGACUGGGAGUAAAAAAACUACAUCAAGUUUUGUAUCCAGUGUAUGUUUUAUAGAACAACCAAGAUGUAUUGAUAUAGUGAUAUACACUUUCAUAUUAUUGGACAAUAUGAUAUCAAAAUGAUAGACAGGUAUCCUUUUUAUAUAGAUUGUAUUCAAGGAAUAGAACCCCACUAACCAAUCAAAGAAAACGGCUUUAUAACAACAAAAGUCAUUCAGGCAUCCUCACAAGACACUGUUCCUUCAAACUGGGUCAAAAUUAUUUAACAAUUCAACAAUAUGUUUGGCAUAUUUGAGAAUGAAUAAUGACUCACUAUUUUUCAUUUACUUGUACUCCCAUUAUACCAUUCUGAAAAGUCUACUUAAAUAGUGUAAAAAUGAUCAUGUUUUAACACCAAGAUACCUUACCCUAUUCUAUUCUAUGUCUCUCACUUAAAAACAGUUUUAAAAUAACUGCAUAAUAUUUGAGGAUGUGAUAAGGAUUUGUUAUGCCUUCAUAAAUUACUCUGGUUUGUUAUAUAUCAAUAUGACAUUGUAAAGAGAACAGGGUACGAAAUGCUUGCUAGACAGCUUUUUGCACAAGAAUCUAUAUUUUUUAAAUAGAUGAAUGCAAGGUUUAAGGUGGCAUUGUACAAUUCUUUUACAACAGAUGAAAGUGCUUCAUAAAGAAUUUCCAUAUAUAUAUAUAUAUAUAUACAUAGGCUGAUUUCUUAGCAUUAAUAUCAUACAAUUUUGUUAAUCACACUGAAAAAUGAUCAAAACUUGAUGUCAUCUAUUUUAUACAUAUAUCAACAUUUACCCAUUUGCAAAACCAUAGCAUAUUAAACUUAAUAAUUUUGUUAUGCAACAAUAAUGUUUUCUUUGAAAAUACUCACAGAAAUAUUGGAAGGAAAAAUUAGCAAAAACUAUACUACAUGUAAUUGGAAAACUAGAUAAAUUUUUUAGCCCUGUUAAUAUCAUCUGAUCAUUUGAUUAUUUCAUAUCUAAAAACCAAAAUAUUUACUAAAGUGCUGCUGUGUUUGCAAAGAAUUGAUAAAACCCACAGUUGUCUUCCUUGAAUAGUAAUUUUAUUUCAUUAGGGUGUUUAUAAUUAUUUUUUUAAAGUAAUUUAGCAUAGUUAUGGUUCCCGUGUUUUAAAAAAAGGUGAUUUCUGUAAAUAACUCUACAUGUAAUGUUUAAAGUCAAAGUUUACACGUGCAAUAUUUUCAGUUGUCGUAGAGUAAUAUUGGCAAUGGAAGAGGAAAGGGAGGAAAUAUCAUUAUGAUUGUUGUUCUUGCAUUCACGGUUAUUGUUUCUGUAUUGCUUUUACUUUAAUUUUUGUUUAGAGUUGAUGUUGAAUCUCAUAACAGGAGACUUGAACUUGGUCAACAUUAAUGUUUGAUUCCUUUGGUUUAAUAAAAACAGCAGCAUUAAAAAGUUGAACAUUGAUAUUAAAUGCCAAAAGGAAAUAAUUUUUUUUAAAAAUUGUUUAUCAUCAACUGUUUCUUUCAACUGAAUUUCCUUUCCCUUUUUCGUUUUUAGAUUUGUUAGGAAUAGUACUUUCAUUGUAACAGCAUACUAUGACUGGAAAUUCUGAAAGAGACUGUAGACCCAAAAAUUUAGAUCUCUGAAAGUGAGCUUUUACUUUUAAUGUAAGACAAGACUACCUCAAAAACUGAAGAAGGGAAAGCUUAAGGGUUUGCUGACUGUAAACUUUGCAUUGAAUGUACUGCUUUCAUCAUUGUAAUUUUAAACUUUCAACUUUGUAAUAGAGUAUUUAUUAACUUUUAUUGUUCCUGUACAUAUAUUUUUUCCUCAUGUAAAAUAUGUGUAAAACCUUCAUGUAUUUUCUCCAUAUUACUCAGUGAUAAGCAUGAUAGUGUCUAUUUAUAUCUCAAUAUUUUUAUUUGAAUUCAUAUUCAGGUUUAUUACAAUACAAUUAAUCCCUCUGUUGUGUAUCCCAAAAAUUUUUCACCUGACUAUGAUAUUACAAAUACAUAUAAUUCAGAAAUAUUUCCCUAACAUUUAUUUUAAAAAAUUUUUUGGAAGGAUAGAGGGGAUGUUAUAACAGGUUAAGAUUCAGGGAGAAGGGAAUGUCUUGCUUUAAAUUUUCGCCACAUGUCUUUUCUACAAGUUAGGAAGAACAAUUGAUGUCAAGCGGACAUCCAUGUUUAUACAGUAUAUAUAAACAACCAAACGAGAUUUCAUCUUACAUGUAAUAUAUUUAGCACUUCAUCCAAGUUACACAUGUAGUUCCCCCUUUUACCUUUAAUUUCUCCUCUCGAGAGAAAAUUCUGAGUGUUUGAAGCCAUAUUGUUUGUUGACAGCUCAGUUCUGUAGAUUUUUUUUUCUUUCAACUAUUAUUAUUCCUACAUGAAUACAUAUAUAGAAACAAAACGUUAUCCAUGUAUGAUUGUACGCAUGAGCAGUUUGUCGAUUCAAGUAUCAAAUUUCUUUUAGCAUUGUAGUACAAGAGUUGUUUCCCGUUUAUGAUUAGGUUUCAUUGUUAUCCUGUAUUGUUGGACCUAACAAUACUGCAAUUCAACAAUGAAUAAAUUUUCAUUGAAUUUCUUUAAAAUAUAUUUAUCGAGUUAUAUUACUUUUUCAAUUGCAGCCAAUUUAACGUACUGUUAGAGCAUUGGGGCUUGUGUGUAUUACGUUUGAUUAUUAUUUCAGCAAGAUAAUACAACACCAAGAAUUUGCAUAUGUUAUGUAAUUUUAGUUUACAUGGAAAUGGAAAUUCAGUUCAGGUGUGAUAACAAAGUGAUUUUUGUUACUAUUGUAAUAAAAGAGGCCCCACUGUGUAUUGCAAUCGCAGCUUCUCGGGCCUUUCCGUCAGAGCUCGGAAAAAAAAUUUCCGUGCCUGCAGGAAAGGCCUGACAAAAUGCGGUUGUGUGUAUUAUACAUUGCAUGUUCACUUUAUUUACAUACAUACAGAGAAAGUGCUUUCCAUGAUUCCAGUGUAAUUGUGUCUUUAUGUUGGGGCUUAUUUGGCUUGUUAGAGAAAACCAGAAGAAUGAAAACAUCAUAGUACUAGCUUUUUCUCUUGAUGUACAUGUAUGCAAUAAACUUUGCUUUAUUUUGAAA